GGAGCAUUAUUCUGUAACCACGACCCUUGUGGGGUAGGUCGCAUUCGUGACCGACGCGACGAUAUACGUCAAAUAAAUCUCGUAUACUUCGAAAGUGCGCUUUUCCGAGGGUCACCCUUGACAAGUGAAUCCACGUGAGUCAUUCAGCCAUCGAGUCCGGUCGGCAAAGCCACUCAGGGAAGGAUUCAGGAAGAGAAUUCGUACCUCCGCAACGGAGACGGGCGUGAACGGUCCUACGCGGCGUAACUAACGUCUGCAUCCUGCUUGUACAAUGUGAUUACACGCAAUACUGAAUUUUACGAUUAUCACCAGACAAGAAAAACUAACGGUCACGGCUGCUACAUCGGAAUUCUGUGCGCAUCCUUUGGCUCCAUGGCGGAGAAAAUGUAUUAUUGGGGCGAGGAGAAGGAUCAGGUCGAUCCCGAUCAGACCUUCAUACAGUUCAAGGCCAAAUCGGUGGCGGCGGACAAGAAACGCGAGCCGUCUCGUGCGGUGCCGAAGAUGACGGUGUCUUCACCGCAGGGUAAAAUGUCUGAAAUCGGUAAUAGAGAAGAGGAUGCCGAACGCGGCGGUUGGGACAAUAAACUCGACUUCCUAUUUUCUUGCAUAAGCGUUUCCGUCGGACUGGGAAAUGUCUGGCGGUUCCCUUAUCUGUGCUACAAAAAUGGAGGUGGCGCUUUUCUGAUCACUUACGGUAUUGCAAUGCUGUUUUGCGGAAUCCCUAUAUUUUUUCAAGAAGUCGCCAUUGGACAAUAUCUCGGAGCGGGUGGAAUGACGCUAGUAGGACAAUUGUGCCCUCUUUUACAAGGUGUAGGGUAUGCUACGAUGACCAUUGUAUUCUUCCUUGACGUAUAUUACUGCAUAAUUAUUGCUUGGACUCUUUUCUACCUCAUAAGCACGAUCGUAAAUAUACCGAAAGUACCUUGGGAUGAAUGUGGCAAAUGGUGGAACACACAUGACUGUUAUGAUGCCCAAAAGAGUAACACGAAUGAAACAAUAAACUGUUCGAAAUCUACCGAAAAUAAUACCUGUCACCAUACCACGCCGGUAGAAGAAUUUUGGGAUCGACGAGUCCUCGGCAUCACGUCUGGUAUCGAGAGCAUCGGCAAUAUCCAGUGGGAGCUGCUAGGCUGCCUGAUUAUCGGCUGGCUGCUCGUUUACUUUAUCAUCCGUCGCGGUCUUCAUCAGAGCGGUAAGAUCAUCUGGUUUUCAGCCUUGUUCCCGUACGUGGUGCUUUUCAUUCUUUUGGGAAGAGCGGUGACGUUGGAGGGUUCCUACGAGGGUUUGCUUUACUACGUGACGCCACGAUGGGAGGAAUUGCUCAAUCCCGGACCGUGGAUAGACGGCGCUACCCAGAUCUUUUUCGCGUACAGCAUCGGCACCGGUGCCCUGCCCGCUUUGGGCUCGUACAACAAGUUCCAUCAUAAUUGUUAUAGAGACGCAAUAAUCACUUGCGUAGUCAACACCCUGACAUGUCUUCUGGCUGGUUGCGUAACCUUUUCAAUACUGGGUCACAUCGCCCAGGAACAGCAAACGCAGGUGUCCGAGGUCGUCAAGAGCGGACCUGGUCUCGUCUUCCUCACGUAUCCCGAGGUCGUUUUGAAGCUACCCGGUGCUUCGUUGUGGGCCAUUAUAUUCUUCGUUAUGCUGCUCAUACUCGGCAUCGACAGUGAAUUUUGCAUAGUGGAAUCUUUCAUAACCGGUGUGGUCGACUAUUGGCCGGAUACGCUUCGUCCUCACAGAAUCAAAUUCACCAUCGUUAUUUGCCUUGUAAUGUUUGUUCUGGGAAUUCCAAUGGUCACGAAUGGGGGAAUUUAUAUUUUCCAACUGAUGGAUUUCUACUCCGCGAGCGGAAUGUCCAUUUUGUGGGUGUGUUUCUUCCAAACGAUAGCGAUAUCGUGGAUUUUCGGGGCGAAGAAGUUCUGCGACUGCGUGCAUCAGAUGAUGGGUAUUCGAUUGAAUAAAUUCUGGUAUAUAUGCUGGGUUUUACUCGCGCCAGUGAUCAUGCUCUUCAUCUUCGUAUUCCAAAUUGUUCAAUAUAAACCACUCAAAUAUGGCAGUAGCUACGAAUAUCCCACUUGGGCAGAAAUAGUUGGCGUGUGUUUGAGCCUUUCGUCUAUGAUAUGGAUACCAGGAUACGCGUUAUAUUACGUAAUAAUGACGCCAGGAUCAUUUAAAGAGAACUUCCUGAAAGGUCUACAACCAAACAUAAAAUCGCAUGCAAAGUUACCGAAAGGCGAAAAGUCAGCCGUGAUACCUAUGUCCGAGAGCAGUGCAGGCUUAAUUACGAAAAAUAACAGUUUCCUGAGUCAAACAUGA